AUGGCUCCCAAUGCUGCCUCACGCGCAGGUGAAAUCAUACGUUGGCUCGUGAUCGGCAUCUUUGGCCUCGGAGCGGCAAUCGUCGUCCUCUUCUUUGGCACUCGUAUCCUUCGAGCCCUCCUCGCCUUUACGCUCAACGGGCCGAUAUCACGGGCUGCAGACUUGCUAGCCUACGUCUUCCCCCGAAUUCCCAGGAUCUUCAACAUCCGAAAGCCUCGUUAUUUCAAGAGGAGGGACCUGCUCAGUAGCUAUGCGAGCCGGCGUGCUUGCCCUUCCGUUAUUCCUCUCAGUGACCAUGGCGCCAGUAUCGAGGCCUUCCUAGCAGGCUGUGGAGAACGCUUGAACACAUAUGCACGGAUACACAACACCAACCUCACAAUAUUCCGUCUCAGGAAUUGGUUGCGAAAUUGUGAGGCACAUCAUCGCGAGAAAGAUGGCGCGCACCGUAUCUGCGAGCCAUUGGUCGGGGAAGACGAUCGAUGUCCUCUCUGGCUGAUCGAUAUCGAAGAUUGUUGUCUGGUACCUUACCGACACACCCUUAGCUAUGUGGCUCUUAGCUAUGUUUGGGGCAGGGUGGAAACGGCCAAGACAAGCGUCUCGAAUCUCACCGACUUGCAACAGCCUGGUUCACUUCUGGGCCGAGCAUCUCAGGUACGCCUUCCAAGAACUGUCCGCGAUGCCAUGUUCUUGACUGGAUUUCUCGGCCAACGAUACCUUUGGUGCGAUCGACUCUGUAUCGUGCAGGACGAUCCGAGAUCGAAGCACUCCCAAGUCCAGCAGAUGGCCUACAUCUACGCAAGAUCGUUCUGCACAAUCAUCGCCUUGGACAACCUGAGUGCUGAUUCUGGAAUCCACGGUCUUCCAACUCUAAGCCGGCUGGCGGACCACGAAAAGAAGUUAGCGACUGUCGACGUGGAGAAGUGCCUGUGGCCUGCCAGAGCAUGGACUUUCCAGGAGGAGCUGUUCUCCGUCCGACUCAUCUGGCUAAAGCAGAACAACGUCAGCUGGCAAUGCUCAACCAUGCAGUCUUCAAGCAGCAGUGGCGGUAAUAAAGACUACCGAAGUGGACGGGACCGACUCCUCCCUUGGUUCAACAGCUCGGGCGACCACAUGCGAGUCGGCGGCAUGUACUGUCCGCCCACUUUCGCGUUCCACUUCUACACAGCCUUGGUCAAAAAGUACUCCGAGCGCUUCAUGAACGAGCUCCACCCAGAAGACCGCUUUUACGCCUUUUCGAGCAUUCAAAAAGUCCUCGAAAGCACCUGCGCGGAAGGCUUCAUUCAAGGUCUCCCAGCCACCUGGCUGCCAUGUGCCCUUUUGUGGAGGUCGACAUGCAAGGCUCAAAGUACCAAGCGGCUUACGGCAGCCUCGCCCAUGGCAAGCUGGUCCUGGAUCGGCUGGUUGAUGCCCGUGGUGUUCCCUAACAGCAGGUCGGGAGAACGACACGAAAGCCCUCGAGGAAUAGUGCUGUGGUCAGUCAGUGAAGCACCGAACUCCCGCCGCUUUCCUAUUAGCAGUGCUGCAGAUAUGGACAUCGAGGCAUGGUCACUUCAUGCGAGAUAUGAGCCCACGACAUGUCAGCCUGAUGCACCGAAGCCUGUGCCCGCCUCCGUCGUAACCGAGACCCACGACGGAGCCUCUACAUGCCACCUCCUAGGCGACGUGGAAAGCAACACAGGCCACUCCACAUUAGCCUCAAGAUCGCGAAGUCGUUUCCUCCACGGCCGUGCACUCCUCGCACAGUUCAUGGUAUGCAAGCGCGACGCCCUCCACCCAGGCCUCACCUGCCUGACGGUGAACAACGAAAACAGCUCCUUCGCCGGCGUCCUCUACGAACAAAACGCCCCAAUCUCCCACCACAGCCCCAUCACCCUCAUCGCCCUCUCCCGCCGGAGUUUCACAAUCCGCCAUUGCCACAUGCGCGACGUGCAGCCCUCGCAAAGGGAAAUCUGGUCCUCGCCUGAUCAUGUCAUCCGCUUCAGUUGUCGGGAGUACGGCCCGACGACCUCCCUCGAGGAUGAGUACUAUGUGGACCCGUGGGCGAAGAGUGGCAUUGCGUGCUGUCAUGUUGAGACGACGCUGGAGGCUUUGUAUUUGGAUAAGAGGUACGGACAGGGGGAGGUGUAUGAGUAUUAUGAUGCGAUGUGGAUUGAAUGGGAGGGUGGGGUUGCGCAGAGGAAAGGGUUGGCUAGGAUAGCGAAGGAUGUGCUGGAGAGGGAGACGUUGGGGUGGAUCGAUCUUACGCUUGGGUAG